GGUACCUCUGGAGUCGUCAGGCUGACUCUCCGUCCGGAACGUAGAAACUAUAUGAUUCCGUUAUGUUUGAAAAUGAGUCACCAUUUCAUAGCAGAAGAACCAGAACCAGCUGGAAUUUGACCAGUCGUCUGUUCUGGGGUCAUGAAUGAAAGGAUGACCCGGACGGAGCGCGGACCUGUUCUCCAGCAGCGCCUCAUGUGCCGUCUGCUGAUCAUGCUGGUCGCCCCGGCUUUGGUCGCCGCGUCACACCCGACACCGUCGCGUCUGUUCGGGAGGAUCCGUGAAAACUCCCCGGCUGGGACGACUGUGGACGGGGUGGAGCUGCCGACGGGGCCCGUCUCAUGUUCAGAUGAGGAUGUAGCCGCAGCACUGACGGGGAUCCGCGCGGCGGAUUUUAGGCUAUUUUGGUCCCAACGGAACCACCUCAGCCUGCUUUCUAAUAAACGUCUGGAUCGUGAGUUCAUUGCUAAAUAUGAGCUGCGGGUGGCGCUGUCGUGCCUGAGGACACCUGCGGUGGUCGAGGUGGAGGUCGCUGUCCUCGCUUCUGAAGCGGCCCAACGGCGCAAGUCCCGCUCGCUCACCGCCGAACCCACCUACAGUGUUACCGUCGCAGGACACGCACGCGCCGGCGAACUCGUAUUCACAGUGCCGGACGACAGGUUCGAGCACCGACGGUUCGAGCUGACGUCACAGACGGGCCAGCCGGUGCAGGUGGAGCCAAACACGGGGCGCGUGCUUCUGACGCGGAGUCUUUCGGAGCCUGCAGACAUUUUAGUGAAGGUCCUGAAGAUACCAGGUGACGAGUGGUAUGUGUGCCGCUUGAGCCUAAGCGUUGGAAGUCCAAUUCCCCUGCAGUGGACCAUGUUCCCGUCUCCGUACCUGGCUGUUGCCAGUCCAGAUGCGGCCCCUGGAACGGUUGUGUAUCGGCUGUCGUCACGGCAACCUGAGGGGAGGCCUGGGUCGGUCCAGUUCCUCCUGCUGGACGGGGGGAUGGGCUGCUUUGAAGUCGACCACCGGACCGGUGAAAUCCGGACCACCGGUCUGCCUCUGACUUCCAACAUGGAGUACCUGCUGCGGGUGAUGGUGGAGGAUGGUCUCGGCCAGCGCGGUCCGGAAGCUUGUGUGUCAGUGCUGGCCGGACCUAGACCUCCACAGUUCGCCGAGUGCCCAGCCACAGUCAUCGUGCCGGAGAACACAGAGCCUGCUGAGUGUGUGGCGCUGUUCCGGGCCGUCUCCUUCCAAAACAGAGCUCUCUCCUUUGUGCUGGUGGAUCCUGGGGACGUCUUCGACCUCCAGAAGGAAACUGGGUCUCUGUGUUUGAGCGGCAGCGUCGACUACGAGAGCAGCAGCAACAUGUUCACGCUCCGGGUCCAAGUCUGGGAAGCAGAUACAGGGCUGCGCAGUGAGUGUGAGGUGACGCUUUUCGUCACAGACGUGAACGACUGCACACCUGAGUUCUCUUAUCCCAUAUACACCCACAGCAGUCUUCCUGAGAAUGUUGCUGUGGGAGCCUCGCUGCUGCAAGUUCUGGCUCGGGACUGUGAUUCAGGUGUGAACGCGCAGAUCUCCUACUUCCUGGAGGACAAGCACUUCCUCAUCUCAUCGGACGGCGUGAUAAGUCCGGCCCACCGUUUGGACCUCGAGCAGGCCGGUGGCUUCUACACCUUUGUUGUGAUCGCUGUGGAUGCUGGGUCCCCACCUCGGACCGGUUCUGCUUCUGUUCGCAUCCAAGUCUCCAGCAGCAGCAGCAACAGCAGCGAUGAGUCUGAGAGAGCGUACGUUCCUCUUAUCAGUUCCUCCUCCUCCCACUCCUCCUCCUUGGGGACACUGUCACCUGACAACAGGCCGGUCCUGAGUGAAGACGCCAGUCCAGCAGUGCUGGAUGAUGGUGGUGGUGUCUCCCACAGCGUCAGUGGAAACCGCGAUGACUCGCUGCACCGUCAGACAGUGAUCCCGGACUUCAGCUUUGGCCCUGGCAGCAUUGUCCAUCUGCGGCUGACUGAUGGUUCUGAUCACACCAAGGUCCAGCUGCAGCUCCGGACCCGCUCCACCUCAGGAACCCUGCUGUCUGUCGGUUCCAAGGGAACAAAUGAGUCGAUUGCUCUGCAGAUCUCUGAGGGGUUCCUGGUGGCGGUGCUGGACGUGGGAGACGACCGCCAUGUGCUGCAGCUUCCCGGUCAGCGUGUCGACGUCGGGCAAUGGAUCAGGGUUGACUUGAGUCGCCGUGACAACCUGUUUGUCAUUGGAGUGGAGCUGAGUGGUGGCAUGCAAGAGGCUGAGUCUUCUCUGGGCUCUGGACCCUGGCUGAGGCUGGACACUGUGGCAAUUGGAGGCGGACCAGAGUCGGACUUUCAGGGCUGUCUGAGGGAUGUGCGCCUCAACGGCAUCCUGCUGCCCCUUGAUGGCCGGAACACAGAUCAGGUGGUGGUUCUGGAGCAAAGAGGCGUCAACCUAGGCUGCACCAGCGACGCCUGCCACUCGCACUCCUGCCCCGCACCGAUGACCUGUGUGGACCUGUGGAGGAAGCACCAGUGCAGGUGUCCUGCGGGUCAGCUGACAGUCUUCAGGGAAUCAGGCCAGCGGCGCUGCGUCCCGUCGCCCUGCGGCACCGCCUCCUGCCAAAACGGUGGCACGUGUUUGGUUGAAUCUCCCGACAGCUUCAAGUGUCAGUGUGCGGACGGGUUCAGAGGAAGACACUGCCAGCUGGGUCAGGUCAAAGGUCACACAGCCACGCUCAGUCCUAGCUCCAUCUUGCUGGUCAGCAUGAGCCUGCUGGUCUUCUUCGCGUUGCUGGUGGCAGUCACGGUCUGGAACCAGAAAGGAAGCAGGAACAAGUUCAGGCAACGUGCGACUCUCCAACAUGCUGCUGAACAGCUGAGCUGUGGAGAAGUGCCGGUGGACCUGGGUGGCAGAGAGGCUACAGGGAAGCAGUGCUCAGCAGAAGCCGUGGGGGAGGCGUCAUGUAUAGUGUCAAGCAGCGCCCCCAACCCAAGCCUCCUGCCGCACCACCAGCCUGCCAGUGAGAGCGAGGAGUCAGACCAGCUGGAAAAUGUCAGUCUCAGCUCAGUGUGGUGCCACAACUGACUCACAUUUACAGGAGAAGGUCAUCCAUAGAGGCCGCUGCAAGCGCAGACAUGUUGUCCAUGGAGAUCCAGUGUUCCAAGUGGAUGUUUUGACCUCUGAUGUCAUUUCCUGUCUCACUUUCUCCAACGCAAAUGUAGACAUGUAAAUAGUUUAUUUCUACUAUAGUUUUGUAUUGUGUGUGUAUAGAUAUGCAGUUGAUCUGAUCCUGGUCACUGCACCACCAGGUGGACCAGCACUUCCUGUCUGGCUCCAUGCAUAAAUAACCAGACAGUAAAAACACAUUUGAAAAAAAAAAUCAUUUAUUUUAACAUCAAAAGAUGCAAUUGUGUUCACGCGCUCGUGGAUCAUAAAUAUCUGUCAUUAAUAAAUAAGUCAAGUUUGGCAGGAGGUAGCGACGUAGAAUCACUCAUCUGUUCAUUCGUCGGUGGCACAGUCAAACUUGCGCAAAAAUUUUAACAGACGAACUUCACUUGGUCCAUAGCGCCACCCAGGGGCCUGGAGUAGCACCAGGCAGACGUCGCCUGCCAAGUCAUGUGGUGGCUCGCAGCCUGAGGCAGGGCUUUGUGUCAACACCAGUACAACAGAACAUCCAACUGA